AUGGGUGUUUUGUUUCAUGAAGUUUUGGCUCCUGGAUCCCCAGCCUCAAAGAAACGUCAAACUAUGGACAUGGCUAGAAAGUUAAAGAAGAGAAGACUUGAACCCACUGCUCAAACUGAGAAUGUGACAGUAGAAACCGAGCAUGACACUGAAAGCAAAAGGCUUGAAGUUUGCAUUGAGGAUUCCUUUAUUGGUUCACCACGAAGAGAUACCUCUUUCAAAUCGAUUUUCGAGGAGACAACUUUACCACCACCAUCAUCACCCAUUCCCAUUUUUGUUCCUAUUUUGAUUGUAUCACCUACAUUCAUUGGUGUCAUGCAAAAACAAAGUGAAAAACUAGUUUUUCAUUCCAGCGGGUAUGAUAGUGAAAUUCAGAAGCUUCGUGAUGAUGCUAAGGCACAUCAUGAACUUUUCAUUGUGAACGUUAAUGAGAUAAAGGAGUCUCUUGAUGUCAAGGUUGACGAGAUCAAAUCCUGGAUGUCCGACGAAGUCAAAAGGAUAGACAAAAAUUACAAAGAGUUGCAAGGAAAAUUUGAUGUUCUUGCUGGUGCACUUACUCGAUUGGUUGAUUUCACCACUAAGUACACAAAACAGCUUGAAGCCAAGUCAGAAAAGAAUGCAAAGAGGUUUGAAAAGAUAGAGAAAUUUCUAUCGAGUAUAAAGGAAACUUUGUCAAAGGUUGAUCUUUCGAAUCAAUCAUCUAUCUCUCUAUAA